AUGGACAACUGGGAUCGAAAGUUAACUAAGUCUGAAAGGCAGAGAUUUAAAGAAGAGGCUGAAAUGUUAAAGGGUCUUCAGCAUCCCAAUAUUGUCCGGUUCUAUGAUUCCUGGGAAUCCACAGUGAAAGGGAAGAAGUGCAUUGUUUUGGUAACGGAGCUCAUGACAUCUGGGACCCUUAAAACGUACCUGAAGAGGUUUAAAGUGAUGAAGAUCAAAGUCUUAAGAAGCUGGUGUCGGCAGAUCCUAAAAGGACUUCAGUUUCUACACACUCGCACGCCACCUAUUAUUCACCGAGACCUUAAGUGUGACAACAUCUUUAUCACAGGUCCUACCGGCUCCGUGAAGAUCGGAGACCUGGGCCUGGCGACCCUGAAGCGGGCUUCUUUUGCCAAGAGCGUGAUAGGUACUCCAGAGUUCAUGGCUCCUGAAAUGUAUGAGGAGAAAUACGACGAGUCCGUUGAUGUUUAUGCUUUUGGGAUGUGCAUGCUUGAGAUGGCCACCUCUGAAUACCCGUACUCGGAGUGCCAGAACGCGGCGCAGAUCUACCGCCGUGUGACCAGUGGGGUGAAGCCAGCAAGUUUUGACAAAGUAGCAAUUCCUGAAGUGAAAGAAAUCAUUGAAGGUUGCAUAAGACAAAACAAAGAUGAAAGAUAUUCCAUCAAAGAUCUUUUGAACCAUGCCUUCUUCCAGGAGGAAACAGGGGUACGGGUAGAAUUAGCUGAAGAAGACGAUGGAGAAAAGAUAGCUAUUAAGUUAUGGCUGCGUAUUGAAGAUAUUAAGAAAUUAAAGGGGAAGUACAAAGACAAUGAAGCUAUUGAAUUUUCCUUUGACUUGGAGAGAGAUGUGCCAGAAGAUGUUGCUCAAGAAAUGGUAGAGUCUGGGUAUGUCUGUGAAGGUGACCAUAAGACCAUGGCUAAAGCUAUCAAAGACAGAGUGUCGUUGAUUAAGAGGAAACGAGAGCAGCGGCAGCAGGUGCGGGAGGAGCAGGAGAAACGAAGACAGGAAGAGAAUGGUCUCCGGCAGCAGGUGGAGCAGCAGUCGAGUGCUUCCCAGACCAGCGCCCAGCAGACCCCUCCUGCUGGCACCAGCGCACCUACGGCCCCCACCACCUCUGCGUCCGUGUCGACACAAGUUGAGCCUGAAGAACCCGAGGCAGACCAGCAUCAACAACUACAGUAUCCACAGCCUGGUGUAUCUGUGCUGUGUGAGUGUUUGGGGUUAGCCAUUUCCCAGCGGCGUAAGAGCACCUCCUUCCUGGAAGCCCAAACUCGCCACUUCCAGCCGCUGCUGAGGACAGCUGGCCAGACCCUCCUUCCACCUGGUGGCAGCCCGCCUAACUGGACACCAGAGGCUGUGGUCAUGUUGGGUGCCGCAGCCGGCAGAGUCCCUGGAGAGCUGUGUGAGUUACAGGUCGUCCCCGCCUUUGAGCCAGCUCCAGCAUACGGUGACUACAGACCAGGCCUGGUGCUACCAGAAGAUGCUCACUAUUUCAUUCCUCAGGAAACAGUGUAUCUAGCUGGGGUCCAUUAUCAGGCCCAGGUGGCAGAACAGUACGAGGGCUUCUCCUACAGCUCACCAGUGCUGUCAGCUCCUGUGAAACAGAUUCCCGAGCAGAAGCCAGUGCAAGGGGGCCCCACCCUAAAUUCCGUCUUUGACUUUCCAUCGGGGCGGGCUUUCCUGGUAGGACACGUUCAGAAUUUGAGGUUAGAGUCUGCGUUGAACUCACCAUCGCCCCUCUCUAGUUCUGCACCUAACAGCACAGACGCUACACGUCUAAAAUUCCACCCUGUCUUUAUUCCUCAUUCUGCACCAGCUGUGCUCACUCAGAGCUCUGAGGGCAGAAGCCACUGUGUAUUCGAAUUUCACGCCCAAACACCAAGCUCCUCUUCGGGAGAAGGAGGUGGGAUUUUACCUCAACGUGUCUACCAAAAUUUCCAGGCUGCAGUGGACUCGGGACAGGAAGACACACCUUCUCAGUCGGUGGGGUCACACAGCCACCUGCAGCCCGGGACCGAGCAGCGGGGCCACCCUGUCCCUGAGCUGACCAUUUCUAUGGAAGAGCCUACUGGACAGAACUGGCCGAUAGGGAGCCCAGAAUACUCCAGUGACUCUUCACAGAUCACUUCUUCAGACCCCAGUGAUUUUCAGUCACCUCCCCCUACAGGAGGGGCUGCUGCACCUUUGGGCUCGGACGUCUCAUUAUCCUUUAUCCGUCUGCCUCAGACAGUGUUUCAGGAGCCCCCGCUUCUCUUCUGUUUCCCCCAAGGAACCACAUCGCAGCAGGUCUUUCCUGCCUCGUUUCCCUCAGGAGGAUCUGCACCCCACCCACAGGCACAGGGACAGAGCCAGAGCCAGCCGUCCUCAAGUGGCUUGACAGGGGCUCCAUCUUCCCAAACCACCCAGCAGCCUCCGCAGGGAGUUCAGCAGACAGCCGCCCCCCAGCAGGCUGUGCAGUAUACACUUGCGCAUGUGGUCCCCUCCAGCGAUGCUGCUCCCGCCCAGCCCACGGGUCAGCCUCCAGCUCCAGCUCCAGCUCCAGCGUCCGCUGGAAAACAGCUUCCAGUUCCCCAGCCAGUGCCAACUAUCCAAGGCGAACCUCAGAUCCCAGUCGCAACACAGCCCUCAGUUGUUCCAGUCCACUCUGGUGCUCAUUUCCUCCCUGUGGGACAGCCAGCCCCCACCUCCUUACUCUCCCCGUACCCCGUCUCCCAGAUCCCCCUACCAACUCCUCAUGUGUCUGCGGCACAGACGGGCUUCUCAUCCCUUCCCAUCACAAUGGCAGCCAGCAUUAAUCAGCCUCUGCUCACCUUGGCUUCAUCUGCUACGGCAGCUUCUAUCCCGGGGGGAUCCACUGUGGUUCCUAGUCCGCUGCCAACCCUUCUGCAGCCUGUCACUCAGCUGCCAAGUCAGGUUCACCCACAGCUCCUCCAACCGGCAGUGCAGUCCAUGGGAAUACCAGCUAACCUUGGACAGGCUGCUGAGCUUCCUCUUCCCUCUGGAGAUGUUCUCUUCCAGGGCUUCCCACCUCGACUGCCACCACAGUACCCAGGAGAUUCAAAUAUUGCUCCCUCUUCCACCGUGGCUUCUGUUUGCGUCCAUUCUACAGUCCUAGCCCCUUCCAUGCCAACAGAAGCAAUGGCUACACCAGGUUACUUUCCUCCAGUGGUGCAGCCUUUUGUGGAACCAAAUCUUGUUCCUAUGGGCGGUGUAGGCGGCCAGGUUCAAGUGUCCCAGCCAGCCAUGAGUGUAGUUCAACAACCCCCUACUACUACAUCCUCCCAGCAAGCAGCUUUGGAGAGUGCUCAGGGGGCUGCCCAGGCGGCUCCUCUGGAGCCAGUUUCAGGUGCGCAGCCGCAGCCUGCCCAGCCCGUGACUGUGGUUUCCUCCAUAGACAGUGCACACUCAGAUGUCGCUUCUGGUAUGAGUGACGGCAACGAGAACGCCCCCUCAUCUGGCGGGAGGCACGAGGGGAGAGCGACAAAACGACACUGCCGGAAGUCUGUGAGGAGUCGCUCACGGCACGAAAAGACUUCCCGCCCGAAACUGAGGAUUCUGAAUGUUUCAAAUAAAGGAGACCGGGUAGUGGAGUGUCAGUUAGAGACCCAUAAUCGAAAGAUGGUUACCUUCAAAUUUGACCUGGAUGGCGAUAACCCAGAGGAGAUAGCCACGAUUAUGGUGAACAAUGACUUUAUCCUAGCAAUCGAAAGAGAGUCAUUUGUGGCUCAAGUGCGGGAGAUUAUUGAAAAGGCUGACGAGAUGCUCAGUGAGGACGUGAGUGUGGAGCCGGAGGGGGACCGGGGGCUGGAGAGCCUGCAGGGAAAGGAUGACUACGGCUUCUCGGCUUCUCAGAAAUUGGAAGGAGAGUUCAAACAACCCACUCCUGUGUCUUCCAUGCCCCAGCAAAUAGGGGUGCCUACCAGUUCCUUAACUCAAGUUGUUCAUUCAGCUGGAAGACGGUUUAUCGUGAGCCCUGUUCCUGAAAGUCGAUUACGAGAAUCAAAAAUUUUCACCAGUGAAGCAGCAGAUACGGUUGCUGCCUCUGCGUCUCAGGGUCCUGGGAUGAACUUGUCUCACUCGGCCUCAUCCCUUAGUCUCCAGCAGGCCUUUUCUGAGCUUAGACAUGCCCAGACGUCGGAAGGGCCCAACACAGCGCCUCCCAACUUCAGUCUCACGGGACCAGCCUUUCCUCCAUUCCUGGGUAGCGUUGCUGGAGGCCCAGCCGCAGCAGCAGCUACUCCUUCAGCGUCAGUCCCAGGAACCAGCAGCCCUCUUACUGACAGUUCCACCGCAGUGAUUCCGUCUGAAGUCACGGUGCCCACUGACAAAGGAAUUGCCCAAGUCCCCACCAGCACAGGAGUGCUCACUUUCGGCGCUCUCCCGGGCCCUCCUGUGUCUGUGUCGGAGCCGCCACCGCCGCUUCCUGGCCUGGUCUCCAGCAGCACAGUACCCCCCGUGGUCGCUGUGUCUACAGCCGCGCAGCCAUCUCAGGCCCCCGUGUCGGGGAGCACUGUGGCUAGUACAGGCGCUUUUCCUUCUGUCACAGUUUCAACCGCUGUAACCACCGCAGCAGGCGGUGCGAGCGCCCCUGGCCCAGGGCCUCCCGCCAUGCUGCCGCCGCAGGCCUCGGGCAGCACUGCUGGGGUGGCCGCUGCGCCUGUGGUUCCUGCCACCGUGCCAUUCCCGAGCACGGCCUCGCAGCCGCCCCUUCAGCUUAGCAGCAGCACCUCCGCUCCGACUCUGGCUGAAACGGCAGUGGUUAGCGCACACUCCCUGGACAAACCGUCACAUAGCAGUACAGCUGGGUUGGCCGUGCCUUUGUCUGCGCCUUCCUCCUCGCCCUCCCCAGGGACCGCAGUGUCUGGCUCUGCUGCUCUGCAUCCCCUGGUCCUCCCAUCCGCGGUGGCUUCUACACCCGUGCUUCCCCACGCAGCCGCACCGACGUGCACGCCUCUCUUACCGCAAGUGCCCGGCGUCCCGCCCCUGCUGCAGCCUGCCACCAGUGUGCCUGCCGUGCAGCAGACGCUCGUCCACGGCCAGCCCCAGCCAGCCCUGCUCCCCAGCCAGCCCCACGCGCACUGUCCGGACGUGGACGCCGACACGCAGCCAAAGGCUCCGGGCAUCGAUGACAUAAAGACACUGGAGGAGAAGCUGCGGUCACUCUUCAGCGAGCAUGGCUCGUCCCACGCCCCCGUCUCGCUGGAGACGUCACUGGCAGCAGAGGCCACGGUCACGCCAGGGGUCCCCACCACCGCUGUUGCACCGAGCAAACUCAUGACGUCUACGACGAGUACCUGCCUGCCACCAGCCAGCUUGCCACUGGGAACGGCGGGCUUGCCACUCACCACAGUGGGCACCGCGGGCACCCCUGGGCAGGCUUCUACCCCCAGCAGCUACGUGCCAGCCCCAGUCAGCACCGCAUCGGGAAUGAAACCAGCGACGACUCCCUCAAAGCCACCUUCAGCUAAGCCUCCGGUGCUGCCAGGGGGCACUGAACUUCCAGCUGGGGCUCUGUCCUGCGAGCAGCAGCCGCCGCCUUUUCCUGGACCCUCACAAACGCAGCAACCUCUAGAAGACCUUGAUGCCCAGCUGAGAAGGACACUUAGUCCAGAGAGCAUCACAGUGGCGUCUGCAGGAGGGCCAGUGUCGGUGGAGGCUCCGCCCGCGGUUACGGAAGCUGGCCCGCAGCCUCAGGAGCACGGCACAGAGGGCUCUGUCCUAGCCGGUGGCUCAGGAGCUGCUGUUCUUAAGAUGGGGCGAUUUCAGGUUUCAGUUGCCACAGAUGAUGUCCAGAAAGUUGGCAAAACUAAGCCAGAAGAUGUGAAGUCUGUCCACUUUGAGUCGAGCACGUCGGAGUCAUCCGUACUGUCGAGUAGCAGCCCGGAGAGCACGUUGGUGCAGCCAGGACCUGGCGGGGUGCCGGCCCCCGGGGUCCCCUCGGACGCUCCAGACAGCGCCCACCAAUCCCCUGCCUCAGAAACAACGCUGGAAGGGGGGCAGCCUACCAAGGUCGGGCGUUUUCAGGUGACAGCUACAGCCAGCAAAGUGGGUCGUUUCUCAGUGUCGAGAACUGAGGACAAGAUGGCAGAGGUGAAGCAGGAGUCGGCCGCAUCUCCUCCCUUCAGAGACUCUGCACACGCUGCUCUUCCCACCGCGAUACCAAAGAAAGACAAGCCGGAGCCAGCCCAGCCUUUACAUCUGAACGGGCCAUCCUCCGACCUGGAGGCUGCCUUUCUCAGCAGGGGCCUGGACGACGGCUCAGGCAGCCCGCAGUCCCCGCCUCACCUGUGCUCCAAGAGCCUUCCCAUCCAGAGUCUAAGUCAGAGCCUUAGCAACUCCUUCAACUCCUCUUACAUGAGCAGUGACAACGAAUCGGACAUUGAAGAUGAAGAUUUAAAGUCAGAGCUCCGGCGACUUCGGGAAAAACAUCUUAAAGAGAUUCAGGACCUACAAAGUCGCCAGAAGCAGGAGAUUGAAUGUUUGUACACCAAACUGGGCAAGGUGCCCCCCGCCGUCAUCAUUCCCCCUGCUGCCCCGCUCUCGGGGAGGAGAAGGCGGCCCACUAAAAGCAAAGGCAGCAAAUCGAGCCGCAGCAGCUCACUGGGGAAUAAGAGCCCGCAGCUCUCAGGGAACCUGUCUGGACAGAGCGGGGCCUCCGUCCUGCACCCGCAGCAGACCCUCCACCCCACCAGCAACACCUCCGAGACGGGCCACAGCCAGCUGCUUCAGCCUCUGAAGCCCUCGCCCUCCAGUGACAACCUCUACUCGGCUUUCACCAGCGAUGGCGCCGUCUCUGUACCAAGCCUUGCUGCGCCAGGUCAAGGCUGUGCGAAGUUUAGCUGUGCGUCUGAGCAGGUGGCGCUCAAGGCCGGUGGCCGGAGGACCCGAUUUCUGAGGACCAGCAGUACGAACACGGUCGGGGGCGCCACGAGCAGCCAGGCCGCGCAGGCGCAGCCCCCCGCCAUGACGUCCAGCAGGAAGGGCACGUUCACGGACGACCUGCACAAGCUGGUGGACAACUGGGCCCGCGACGCCAUGAACCUCUCAGGCCGGAGGGGCAGCAAAGGCCACAUGAACUACGAGGGUCCCGGCAUGGCGCGCAAGUUCUCGGCCCCCGGGCAGCUGUGCAUCUCCAUGGCCUCCAGCCUGGGCAGCUCGGCCCCCAUCUCCGCCGCCUCCGCCACGUCUCUGGGCCACUUCACCAAGUCCAUGUGCCCCCCGCAGCAGUACGGCUUCCCCGCGGCGCCGUUCGGCACGCAGUGGAGCGGCACGGCCGGCCCUGCGCCGCAGCCGCUCGGCCAGUUCCAGCCGGUGGGCACCACGUCCCUGCAGAACUUCAACAUGAGCAGUCUGCAGAAGUCCAUCAGCAACCCCCCCGGCUCCAACCUGCGGACCACCUAGCGCGCCCCGAGACGCGGGCCGAGGGCGUGCACUAACCGCCGACUCCCCGUCCCGCGCGGGGGUGUGCUCACUUCAUCCUGCGCCCUGCCAGAACCUCCUCCUCUUCCCUCCACCUGCGGGAGGCGGGAAGGAACGGCUUUCUUGUGGUGGGUGCCCCGCUGAGCUUUCCUGUCUGCGCUCGGGGUGGGGUGGGGUGAGGUGGGGGUGGACCAGCCUUGGGGUCACCCACCCGCACACCUCGGCCCUACCCCCUCCUCCCCACACCCAGUAAAAACUAGCAGGGCGCGCGGCCUCUCCCACAGGUCACUAGUGCUGUAGCGCGACGAGGAAACACUGUGAUACAAUGUUGUUGGACAACAGUAGUUUGAGAGAGUGAAGUGUGAAAGGUUUCAAAGGUUCACAGAAAGCGAGCUCUCCUCACCAGACGCUUUAACUUUUCCUUUGUAUCUCCAUUGUAUUAGAAGAAUAAAUGUGAAUGUAAAAUUGUAUAAAUCACCGCACUUGAAUACUUGUGUUCUCCCAGUACUGCUCGCUGGGGAUCUCAGUGCCUUGGACUUGGGGUGCCCCCGUCCCGAGCAGCAGCCACAUCCCAGACCCCAGGGGCGCGGAGGUGGUGACCCGGCGGCGGCGGCGGUGGCCUGAGCAGGUGGGAGCGGGGCCGGGCGGGCGGGGUGGGCAGAGGGCGGCAGCGCGUGUAUCAGCUGAGGGCCUGGGCCAGGGUAGCUCCGUGGGGCCAGGACCGGCGGGCACGGGUCCCAGCCGCACCGUGCCCCAGGCC